UGCACAAAACAACACUGAUCACACCAACACAUCAAAACCGUUGACGAACUGUCAAAAGAGUUGAUGGUGCCGCGUUGAAAACGUAUUUUCGGUUCUGGUGAAAUUCUAACCGAAAUAAAAGCUGAUUUUCCAUCGCGAAAGUUGUUUUCUGUGCGGAAAAACUAUCAUAUAUCGACCGGAAUAGAAACUAGCGUUCGCAGCCCAAAUUUUCCCCCAAACAACAAUGGCGGCGAAAACGAGCAUAAUCGAUGAAAGUGCCGACGAUGGAGUUCCGGCUGAUUUUUGGAAUGAAGUCCUCGACAGUUUCGAGGUAAUGGACGAAUGGGCCGAAGGAAGCGAAGAGGCCAAGAAAGCAGCCGAAGAACGGGCUCGGAAGAAGAAAGAGGAUGAAUUGGAAAAGGUGCGGAAGUUCAAUGAAGCCUGGAAUAUUGCUCCGGCUGCAGAAGAAGAAGCUCCCACUAGAAUAGUUGUGGACAAAUCCGGGGAACCGGAUCCGGUUGUGGAGUCUACUACCUCGACCGAAACGGAUUCCAGGUCCAAAUCGCCAGACUGCGCAAUAAUACCGGAAGAACGAGAAGUGAUCACGGUGGAGGAAGAUAACAUUCCUGUUGCGGAGAAUUCUGUGGUUGUGAUCCCCGCAGAAGGUUUACCGAAAGAUCCAAGAUUGAAGCGCAUCGAAGAAUCUGUCCGAGUGCAGAGCCCAUCAAGUCCUACCCAGGAGGGACGGAGCGGAUUCGUAGAAAGAGAACUAGCCCCUUCAAAUAGGUACUUUCAAGAUAGAGAUCGGGAGCGUGAAGAGCAAAUUCGUAAGGAUCGCGAAGACUUUGAGCGGGCAAGAAGUCGUUUGAGAUCUCGAAGCCCCGGGGCAAAUGCUAGACGGUCCAUGUCCGAUGAUGAGGACGACAUUGGUCGACCUUUCCCACGACACACUGAACGCAGCCGCUCCCGGUAUCGUUCGAGAAGUCACGGCAGGCGCUCCAGAAGCCCCCGAAGAGCCAAGAGUUCUCGGCGAUCGAGAUCCCGCAGCCGCGACCGUGUCCGUAGUCGUCGUUCGACGCGAUCCAGAUCGAGAUCGCGUUCCCGACCUCGCCGUGAUCUAACCGACGAGUUGAGGGACAGGCUCAUGCAAUCCGGAACAGAUAGCAACAACUCCACGGCCAUGAUGAGCCAGAUGACGGCCAUGAUGCAGAUGAUGAUGGACCCCACGAAGAUGAUGUCUAUGAACCCCAUGAUGGCCAUGAUGAUGCAGAUGAACCCGAUGAUGGCUGCCGCUGCUGCGGCCAUGCAGAAGACCGCCGAAGCUGCCAAGGAAACUCCGGUGGCUGAACAACAGGACAGGAAGGACGACAUUACAGCGCAGCUAUUUUUGGACAGUAAGAUAAAUUUGUCGGAUUUUCUGGCGACACGUAAUCCCACUGAAGGAAAGAAAUCAACUCGUGUCAAUUCCAGAGUUGUCCAACGUAUCAAAGAGGCGAUUUCCAUUUUGGACAAGCAGGAAACGAAACUCCAAACAGCGAAGUUUUUAUACGUCGCUCCCACGUAUCAUACCGAUUUGAAGAAGUUGGACAAUCGCUCACCUUUGAUUUGGAACGACCAGAACGUGCUGUAUUCUUCGACCAGUAAGUCCAAGGAUGUGGGCCUAUGCGAACCUUUCCGUAAUGUCAAUCAUAAGAUGAAGCAAAUGAUUGAGCGCCUCGGCUUGGACGAGGGCAACAUUUCCCAGAGAAUAGCCUACCAAAAGAAGGAGAAAACCUCGACACAAUCCGGUGCCGAUGUUGGAACGAUUCAAGCCAUUACGAUCGUUCCUGUCCGGGGUGGUGCCGCUUCCAAACGAGUCAUUGAAAGAUCUAUUCAAACGGAGGAUUUCAACUGUUUAGAUUGCGUGCAACGUCGCAGCAAGACGUACGUUUCGGUCAACACACAAACGGCCACUCGCGCACGUACAAUUGAAGUUAGCGUCCAAACGGAUCGCGAUCGUGAUGUGGAACUGCACUCUAUGAACGAUCUGAACGCCAAUCAAGUAAAAAUUCUCAACGAGAUUAUGCGUUACAUGAAGAAACGGCAGGUAUCCGGUAAUAUGACAAAUUUGAUGCACAACCUGGAACGAGAUGUCCCGGAAAUGCGUAAUCAGCAUCUGAACGCGGGCUUGCACUACGUUUCGGAAAUUCUGGAGCAGAGCGAGCGAAACGCCAAUCGCUACGCCGGACCGAAUCCCAUGAACCCGAAGGCCCGUGAGAUGGCCUCUAUGAGACAGGGUGGCGGAAGCUCGCGAGAUCCUCGGGGAAGGGGUUCCUUCAAGGACGAUCACCGUGGUGUAAACUUUGACGAAAUCAAUCAGCUGGCGACCACGAUUAUCCCGGCAGGGUUCCGACAGUCGCCUCCGCGCAAAACCAACAACAGUGGAAGCUUCAACAAGCGGCGCGCAUGGUAAGGAACCCCCCGUAUCUUCGAGAGGUGAGCUUUUCAAUUUUAAUACGUUUCCAAAUGCCUCUGCUGAUUCUUUAUAGUGAAGUGAUCUGUGCAGAUGUUACUGUAAUCAAUAUACAUGUAGACCACA